CGUUGUUAACUUAGUGAACGCACAUGCUAAGCAUGAACUCCGUGAUGGAUGAAGUGCUGUGUGCGGACACGCUGACUGUGGAGCAUUUGUCCUCUUUACAGAGUGUAACGAAGGCUUUAAGAGAUGAGCAGCUCAGGUGUGAUGUGGAGAAUGAGGUCCUGUGCAGUCUUUCUGCACUCUUAUUAAGACUUUCGGAAAAUCUACAAGAGGACCAUGAGGCACAGACAGUACCAACUUGUCUCCAGCUUACAGCCGAGUGCUUCCGAGCGCAGAGAAAUGCCUGUGUGCAGUGUCCUCGCAACCAACACAUUCUACGGGAUCAGGGUUGUAUCCAGGUAACACUAAAGGUUCUAGGAAAGUUGCUUAGCCUUGUACCAGGAGCUUCUGAUCAUCGUCUUGAAGCACUUCGAUGUGGAAUUCAGUUUCUCGGCAAUGCCGCAGUUGGGAACCAACUAUGCAAAGAUGACAUUUGGGCCUGUGGUUUUCCACACAUGUUUUUGGAUCUUUUAAAAGUAAGUGAUGAGAAGGCUGUGGCAUAUGCAUGCAUGGUCAUUUACACCUGUCUGGAUACAGAGAAGACAGAGCAACUCGGCAAGGAUCCUAUCAAGCUGAAAGUAGCUCUGAAGAUCAGUGAGCUGUGUCGGACCCUGCCUGAUAUCGACUGGACAGUAUUGAUUGUCACACAGCAUUUCCUCAAAUCCUCUGAGCUGACCGAGAAGCUGUAUACAGAGAUGGAUCAUAAUGAAAGGCUUACAUUACUGGAGCUUGUGUCAGCCCAUCUUGGAGAAGUUAAAGAGGAUGAAAGUGUGAUUCCAUUAAGAACAGCUCAGUUUUUCGCAUUGUCUUUCCAGCACCACUGCAAGGCUGUUCUCUCUCUCAGCUCCGUCUCGUCAGCUGAUGAGCAGGCCUUGGCAGUGAUCAGGCUCCUGGAUAUUCUCUGUGACAUGACAUCAGGACUGAGAAAGUUUAUGGCUCUGCAGGAUCAUCCGGACCUUCUCCAAACAACAAUUGAGCUCCUGAAGGAAGUGCAUUUUCUGGGGAAGGCCAGUAAAAAUGUGUUCAGUGCAGCACAGGAUUUCUCUCUGACAUCAUCAGACAAAGUGGGCACACACCCUGCCCUCAGCUUUAAAGCACACCUCAUCCGGCUGAUUGGAAACCUGUGCCACAGACACACAGCCAACCAGAACCAGGUCAGAGAACUGGACGGCAUUGCCCUUAUCCUAGACAACUGCAAUAUAGACAGUAACAAUCCCUUCAUUAGCCAGUGGGCUGUUUUUGCCAUCAGGAACAUUCUGGAACACAAUGCGGAGAACCAGAAACUAGUACAAGGCUUAAGGAGGCAGGGGGUGGCAGAUGACUCCAUACUCAAGGAGUUGGGCUUCUGUGUGCAGGAGAGAGAUGGCAACCUGCUCCUCAGACCUCUCAAAAAGGAGAGAGAGCAAAGAGAGCACUAAACCUGGAGCCCUCAUCUCAUCCCUUCCACUCCUCUGCCCUCAAAAUCACAUUCUGAAGACAGCUUAAAACACCCACUAAGACCGUUGUGCACACAGAAAACACAGAGGGCAUUUUAAUAUCCAAUCAGUAUGAAGAACACAAGGGGGCAGGGAAGCGGAGGGUGGGGGGGCACUUUGCUUUGUACUCUUUGCCUAAGAGGAACGCCAAGGGGCUUUUCUGCUGGGACUCAUGCUGAUGCCUGUGAUGCAUUUAGUGGCCUUUGAUUCCAACUCCUGAUGAAUGGGAUUCAAAUCCUCUAAAACAAGGAGACCCAUGUCUUCCUGGCUUUUCAGCCACCAAAGAAACUCUAGUGACCAGUGGGGAAUAGAGGUUAAUCUUUAAUCCAGUGAGUUUUAUGAAGACCUGGGGCCCCCUUGAUCCGUUCACAUAAGGGUUUCCUCUCAAUAGCCGUGGGACUUGGGUCCCCACUUUUUGUGUUGGUUUGUUAUGUGUUGUUUUUUUGGCUAUGUUUUCUGCUUUAGGAAUGUCACAUAUACAGGGCCACACAGUCCCUUAACUGGUUUUCUCUUUCACAGUUAAAUGAAUACUCACUUAUCUGGCUGUGUAGAGUUUAUUGCAGAUGAAUGGGCUUUCACUCUAGUCGUGGUUUAGACAAAUUAGUUUUUACACAAAACACCAGAUCCUUCUCUUGCAGUACUCAGAUCCGUUGUGAUUUAUCAGCUAUCUCAUCAUCUCAGUUUCUCCGCUAACCCAUUAUGCCCUCGGACGCUCACCAAGAGUUGUUUCGGACUGAGUGUAAAGGUAUUAUCCUGCAGGAUGGCAUGACACCUCAUCUCCCACUCAGUCUGGCAGAAUGAGCUGAAUGUUCCUGACACCUGCAUAAUACCCGGCUGCAAAGGCCUCUCCUCGUCCCACUCGCCCUGUUUGCACUGCUCAUAUUUUUUAAUGACAAAAUGUUUGUUUGAAACAAUUGAGGUUGACUUUUGUCCCAAUCCAGGCUAUAGUGUUGGGAGCUUAUGCUGUUCCGGUAGCCAGCGGUUCAGACAGCUAACAAAACAUGACUGCUUUACUUCUGCUCCGCUGGCUGCCUGUAAUGCUUUUCACACAGGAAAAGAGCGCUGAGCGAGGGAAUGAGACGGCAUGGACAGCUAUUCAAAUGCUUGCUGGGCAGGACUGGGCGGAGAGGAGGGUCAUGCCACGCCAGCAACAAUCACACAUCAUUUAGCUGCUCUCAAUUUGGAAACUGCUAAGUGGACAUAGGUUGAUUUAAUUAAAUAAUUUUUUAUAUUUAAACACAAUUUUUUCUGGUUUUGUUUUCAGCCCAACAGUGAAUAGUCUUAAACAUCAAUUUUCACUGAAAUAAAGUCAUUUAUUAGCCUAAUAACAUUGUUGCAAUACUAUACAUAUUACCAGGCUACAAAAGGAGAUGGAUUUAUGUCGAAGAAAAAAAUGGGCUACUGUAAAAAAAAAAAAGAAGAAAUUAACAGUGUGCACAUAAUUCAUUUGGGACACAUCUCAGCAUAAUUAAUGGUUCAAUCCAUAAAGAAACAAUUAUAACAUAUAUAAUAAGGAAAAUAGUAAUAAUUACUCUUUUUCUGAAUAUACAUGACAUAAAGUGCCAGAUUUUUGUGUAAAAAAAUAUACUUUCUUAAAUUUGCCAGCCCUAAACCUUGCAUAAACAAUUUUGAAAUAAAAGAAUGUUGCUACCCAUGAAUCUUUUCAGCCCCCAGCUGUAUGGUUAGGCAAAUUCCAUUGGCUCAGGCAGAAUAUUGGGGGGGGGUGAGUUUGUGCAAACUGGGCCAGUGAUGUGGAAUCCCAUGUCUCUGGCAUUUGUGAGAAUAUUCUGUGCAUAGUUUGGUCACCCGAUUGCAUUUCCAUGAAGUACUUUACCAGCUCUCUUGCACUCCUAUACUUUAGUGCAUGCACAAAAGACGGAGAUGAACAGACAAUGCAUGUCUUAUUGCCACACUGUGGUGGUUUGUUUCAGUAUAUCUUUUUUCUUUUCUUUUUUUUAACUAUUCUCACAAAAGUAUGCAUUUUUUGAGAGGCCCACAACAAAACAGAACAUCACACGUCUUACCACAGCAAUCAGCAACGCAUUCAGUGACUCCAUCACAUCUUGUCCAGUUGGCUGGGAUUUAACUGGCCUGUUUUCUAUCAGUGAGCAGCAAAGAAAAGCAGGGAAAAUAAAUACUCGUCUGCCAACUUUGAA